GUGAGCUUGCAUUGUGUACUCCAACGGUCACACUAUUUAGACCUUGUCAGACUUUCAAGUGAAAAACAUCUGACAAUAAAAACCAAUUUUCCCCGAUGACAAGCAUCGAGGAGAAUCCGUUCGCUGCUCUGCUGCAGGAGGGCGCCAACUCCGAUGGCGUGCCACACAAACUGGUCGAGGAGGUGCUCCUCUUCACGCUGAACAAGGCGUCCUCUUCCGCGGUCCUGUGCCUGGCCGACGUGGUGGUGGAGACCAGCGAGGAGAUGCUAAGCGAGGACCUGGUGGCCCACGCCCUCUUCGAGCGCCUGAUGCUGGCCGAGACCAGCCAGUAUGCAGCGGGCAAUGCCAGUGAAAGGGCCAUGGAGCGGCGGGCCAUGUGUUACCUUAAAGGUGCCUUCACGCGAUGCGGGCUCAUUCAGGCGGAGAGGAAAAUCGAUUGCUCCAAGAUACUAGCGCUGAUCCUAAACAAUGCCAGCACCUGCAUGCGCCAGCCGGACCUAUUUGCACCGCAAUCCUUCGGUGCCCAGUGGAUGGAGAUGUUCGAGCAGGAUGACGAUGAGCACGAUACCAGCACGCAGGAGUUUUUUAUCCGCGUCACCUGCAAGGUGAUGGAGGAGGUGGAGCCGAUUGAGGCCUUGGGCGCCCUAAAGGCCAUCUUUUACCCGGUGCUCACCGAGCUGCAGAAAAACAUCGCCAAGCUGAACCUCAUUUCAAUGAAGAAGAACAUAUUCUGGAUUCUCGGAUAUUUCGUUCGCGACAAACGAGCAGCAGUUCUCGGAGAACUGCUAAUUGACUACACCACUCCCAAUCCCAGAGCUAGCGGUAGCGAAUAUAUGGACACUUUAUUGGGCAGUCUACUGUGCAUCUCAAUCCUGCCCAAGACCCAAACAGGCAAAUACGAGUUUUUCCAGGAGCUGUCAAUAAACCAAACUGACGAUGCUCUGUGGGCUCUAUUGUCGCAUCACCAGCAGUCCAUUUUCCUGCUGGUCAAGCAGCUCCUCGUGCUCUCACCCGAAACGAAGAAAAAGACGCUUCAAUGGCUCGGCAAUUGCCUGGAUGCAAAUGUGCCGCGUGGUCAUCUGUGGAGCAGCAUCAAUGCCAGCACGGAGCAAACAGCUCACAGCACGUCCAGCGAUGCCUUCAUGACCAACCUGACUGCAGUCCUAGUUCGUCUCUGUGCUCCCCUGUGUAUGCCAUCGUUAAAGGUUCUCCUGGUGGACCCUACAUAUUGUGCAGUUCCCAACAAAGAUCGGCAGGCCAAGGGCGUUAGUAUGCUAAGGGCCCACACCGAGACUUGCCUGCUCACCAGCGAAGAGGGAGAUGAGCGUUUGACGGCCGAAAAGUACAAUUUCGUUACGGAGAUCUUCUACAUGACACACAAGUGCUUCGAGCUCUCCAAUAUUCCGUGCAUUGAGCGCUUCGUACGCGUGCUGCGCGAGCUGCAAAAUACGCAGAUGGCGUACGGAGAGGUCGUGAACAGCGAUCCGAAUAGCGAGGUGGCCAAAAACCUAUUUCGCAUGAUAAGGGACCAGAUACAGCAAGUGCUGUCCAUCAAGAACACGCUCGCCGAGCCCACCAAUGACAUGUACCUGUUGAAAUUCUUCGAGGCUUCGGCUAUUUGGCUCACUGAGAUUGCCAUGCUGCCGCGCGAAAUUUACGAGCAGUGCCUGGACAAGCGCGACUUUUCCCCACAGCUUUUCCGCAACAUGGAGCUGCUCUCUGACACACCGCCCUUUGUGGCACCCUAUAUGCAAUCGGUGCCAGAGAGCAUUAUCGACAACCUCUCGGCGUUUUUGAAUGUUGCCCGGAAACUAAACGGCGAACAAUACAUCAAUAUAUAUUUCUCUGCGCAUGAUGCCUUCUUCAAGAUGAUAAUUCUAUUCAUGGGCAGCUCAGCGCUGGUCAAGAAUCCUCACCUUCGGGCCAAACUGGCUGAAGCAUUGGAAUUUCUCUUGCCCUCACGGAUCAUGGGAAGCCAUCGAAAGACUUUUGUCAGCCAUGUCUUCGACAACCAUCCGGAUCGGUUGAAGGUGGUGCGCAGCCUGCUGAAUGUUUUCGUAAGCAUCGAGAUGACUGGACAGUCGGUGCAAUUCGAGCAGAAAUUCAACUAUCGCCGGCCCAUGUACGCUAUAAUGGAGUUCCUGUGGACCAAACCCGAGCACGUUCAGUGCUUUCGUGACCUGGCAGUUGAAGCGGAGCAGAAUAUGGAUGCCAUUGAGCCGCCCAUAUUUCUGCGCUUCAUUAAUCUGCUUAUCAAUGAUGCCAUCUUUCUGUUGGACGAGUCGUUGUCCAAUCUGGAGCAGAUCAAACAGCUUCAGCAGGCGCAAGCCAAUGGUGAGUGGGAUAGGCUACCGCACACUGAGCGUGAGCAGCACAUGACGAACCUCCAGCACCUGGGCAUGCUAGCUCGAUUUGACAACAUUAUCGGUAGAGACACCAUAAAUCUCCUCAAGCUGCUCACCUCGAAAAUCAAAAGCAUUUUCUGCCACAACAGCAUGGUCGAUCGCAUGGCAGCCAUGCUGAACUAUUUUCUGUUGAAUUUGGUUGGGCCAAAGAAGGAGCGCUUCAAGGUUAAGGACAAGAAAGAGUUCGAAUUCGAUCCGGCUCAGACGGUGAUCGAGAUCUCUCACAUCUACAUCAACCUAAGCUCCGAUGAGAGCUUCUGUUUGGCCGUGUCGCAGGAUGGGCGCUCCUACAGCGAACAGCUCUUCAGCUAUGCCGAGAGCAUCCUGAUCCGAAUUGGAGGCGGCCAACUUAUAGGCGACAUGUCCGAGUUCGCUGUGAAGGUAGCGCGGAUGGGUGCUCAAUACAAGGAGGAGCAGGAGCUGCUGGCUGAUGCGCCGGAAGAGUACCUCGAUCCGAUUAUCUCCACGCUUAUGACCGACCCUGUGGUGCUGCCCAGCUCCAAGGUAACAGUGGAUCGUUCUACCAUCGCUCGUCAUCUUCUAAGCGAUCAGACCGAUCCGUUUAACCGCGAACCGCUCACCAUGGAUAAGGUCAAGUCCAACGAGGCUCUGAAGCAGGAAAUUGAGAGCUGGAUUCAGGGCAAGCGGGAUGCGGCCCGCUCGAACAGUUGAGGUAGCAGCGGACCCGCAGCUGCAGGCUCAGUUGCCCAACCAAAGAGUUAGCUCCACGGGGAAUCGGUCGUUAGAGAAUAAUCAAUGUUUACUUUUUUUCAUAAGAAUUCCAAUCAUACAUGAUGGAAUGUGUAUGUGCAGUUGUAUAGUUAGUGGUUUUUAAAAUAUAUUCAUAAUCCAUUUUUCCAUGUUAACCAAAUUAAUUAACAAACAAUGUACUAAUAAUACAUGCAAAGGAGAAAUUAUUGUAGUCAUAUUUGGUUUUGUGUUCACGAUAUGUGUAAAUAUAUGUUUAAAUAAACGGCUUUUCGCUGGAAAAA